CGUAAGUGGUAGAGUUUCAAUUGAGGGGGUGUCCGAUUAGCCUUUUUCUCCAGCUUUAGACUGGGGACCUCUCCCUGUGCUACGCGGGCGCGUAUUGCAUUUGUUCUUUCGCCUUUCCCCUUUAAAAAAAAAAAAACUAAGACAGUUUUUCGAACUGGACAGAAAUGAGCAUCGAAACGCUCCUGGAAGCAGCCAAGUUUUUGGAAUUGCAAGCCCAGCAACAACAGAAAGCACGUGAGGAUGAACUAAAGGAAAAGCUUCGUCUGGAGCAGCUGACAGGGCAGAGGCACUCUGACGUGAACUAUGACUCAACAGUCCACAUCAACAAUGUUUCUAAAGCAGAGGAGCUCCGCACUGAGCGCCGCCCGGCCCCCAUACCAACCUCUCUGCCUCCCCCCAUCAUCCCCAUUACUGUCAUCCCCAUCCCUGUGGUCACACCCAACCCUACAGGCUCACCCACUCUGCCUGUUGCCACGCUCUCCCCUCCAGCUGCUCCUCCACUGGCCUCCCCAAGGAGAGACCCUCAUUCCCCCCAUGAGCAGAGUGCUGCUGCUCAGCCACGCUCUCCACAGCCCAAACUUGACCACCCGACUUCUGUGCUGACUGCCAGCCACAAUCAGCCGAUACAGAACCACCACCAACCACAGCUCAUCGCCCAAACUAACACUAAACUACAGCCGCAGACACACCAGCAGCUGGUCCAACGCUAUCCCAGCUCCAUCGUGUCACCCUCACAGCAACAUGCCUUACUCCCACAGUCGGGCCCUGUGCUCCAGCAGGCUCCUCUACAGAAUGGCCCCAUUAGCCGUGGGAGUCCUCCUGAUGAUGGGCGCCAGCUGGACAACAAGAAGAGGCCUGGAGGGGCAGGCACAAGAGAAGUGCAUAACAAGCUUGAGAAAAACAGACGAGCACACUUGAAGGAGUGCUUUGAGACGCUGAAAAAGAACAUCCCCAACAUCGACGAGAAGAAAACCUCCAAUCUGAGUGUGCUGAGAAGUGCGCUGAGAUACAUUCAGACGUUGAAGCGGAAAGAGAAGGAGUAUGAGCACGACAUGGAGCGAUUGGCCAGAGAGAAGAUAGCCACGCAGCAGCGAUUAGCAGAGCUGAAGAAUGAGCUGAGCCAGUGGAUGGAUGUGAUUGAGAUCGACCGCGUCCUCCGACAGACAGUGCAGCCUGAAGAGGACCAGGCCUCGACCUCUACUGCCUCAGAGGGUGAAGACAUUAUGGACGAUGACCUAGAUGAAGAGACUGCACCGAGAGCACAGACUGCCUUACCCACCGUGCCUCAAACUGUGAAACCCGAGCUGCACAAGACUGCAACACCCGCUCAGACCCCAACCCUGACACCCCCCACCACCACUACCUCCUUCAUCACUCAACACAUCUCCAUCCAGCACAAAGCCCGUCUGCACCAGCCUCAGCCGCUGCCAGUGACUCCUCCACAGCCAGUGUCCAAGCCUUCAGCUCCACCUGCACUCACAGCAGCGACAUCCAGCACUCCCAGUCAGCCCUUGAUUCCCACCCAGACACAGAUGGUGACCACACCCAGCUUACACCCCACAGUUAUUGCCCAUGCUUCAGUCUCCCAUCCCUCAGUCAUCCAAGCAGUCAACCACGUCAUCCAGGGAGGGGGCCCCAAACACAUUGCCCACCUGGCUCCCUCCACCACCACCAGCUCUGUCCAGUUAGCCCCCAGCCACCAGCCCAUCGGCCACAUUACCGUUCACCCGGUGGCACACUUGAGCCAACAUCUACCUGCCCUCUAUCCCCAACCAGUGGCUGUCACACAGCCAGCUGUGGUUGGUCACAUCACCCACACAUUAAACCACGCCCACCCCCAGAUGAACGGCACCACACCUAGCCAACCAGCUGCCACCAUCAUUGGCAAGCAGACAGCAGUGAGCACCCAAAUGGUGGCUCAUCACCCGCAGCUGGUAGGUCAGACGGUGCUCAACCCCGUGACAAUGGUGACCAUGCCCUCCUUCCCCAUCAGCACUCUGAAACUGGCCUGAACACUGCCAACGGGACCACCGGGCUGCAGACAAAUAUGUCUGACGGCAGGGGAGAACCACAGGCCUCAGACCAGGUCAUCGACAAGCCCAGAGCGACGGCAGGGGAGCUGCCGAACACCUCGCUGCUCCACAGAGUACAUUACAGUACAUUAAGCAUUACAGCUGUUGAAACGCAACCGGGAACAUUCCUAAAACAAACUGCAAACCCCGUUCAGUACUACCACAGAGUCCUGAAAUCUUGAUCCGGAAAUUGGGAUAUGCCAGGCUGCAUGUUGGUUGAUAGUCGUCAUGUCGAGUGUGAGUGUGUGUGUGUGGCAGUACACGGUGGGCAGAUCUGCAGUUUUAGACCCUCACUUGACAUUUGUUAUUGAAGAUGAAGGAGCAGUAGUCAUUUUCACAUGAGCUUUACAGAAACAGCUUCAUAUUGGGAAAUCCUGCACUGCUAGUACAGUGUCCAUGACAGCGUCCUGUGAGACUGUUUAUGUUGGUUGAUGGCUAGACUCCCUCAUAUCACUUCGGCUGCUGUGGAUUAACCAAUAGCGGAUCAUGUACUGGAGAGGCUACAUCGGCUUUUGACAGCUGUGACACUGUAAGAUCAGAGUGCUGGACCAGCCAUAGCCAGCACAUUGGGAAUGUGAUUUCAUAGAGCCCCUCCUCUCUAGCAGAGGCACAUGCUGCAGGGCUGGAGCUAAAUCAUGGCCUGAACUACCUCCUGCACAGGAGCUGCAGUCCUCAGUGAUGACACCGGCAGCAGUAGCUCCACCUGCUGGCUGUAUGGGUUUAUUGUAAUACUAUUAUCCCUGUGACGAUGAAAAAAAGUCCUACAAUGAAGUAUAUUGCUUAUCGAUGUGAUUGAAACAACGGCCACUUAAAGUAAGAAAACAUGCAGUUUUAUCAGGGUUUGGUUUUUAGCGUUGGUAUUAAAGGACAAUCAAUCUGUUACUUAUCUGUAGUAUUUGUCCUGCAGACAUACUAGCGACUGUACACUGAGCACAAGUACAAGUUAGUGUUUUAGGAUAAGGUUUUUGUUUUGUCACAGCUGCUAAUAUAUUUUAAAAAUAUUUUUGCCAAAUAGGAUCAGUUUCUACAUCUACAUGGCCCCUACAUGUAAAUGCCACAGCAGACGGUGGUGUGUUGAAAUACUAAACGUGUCGGAGAUAAAAACUCGGUCUGAGUUGAGUGCUUUGAGAUUUUGAAUGUGAAAACCUCAAAAAGGUCCAUGAAAUACAGUAAAAUGUUUUUCUAUGCUGUCUUGUAGAACAAAUGGUAGUAGGAUGUGUGUUUGCAUGCUGUCAAUGCAUGCCAUGGCUGUGUUAAUGUAGUUAAUAUUUUGAAAGUGAGGACUCGUAGCAGUGCCGUCUGUUGUGCUCUGCGAACUUGGACAAGUUGCAGUAGGAAUUUAAGAUUUGUUUGGUGCAGGGCUGAAGCUCUGUCAUCCAUAACUUUUGGUUGCGAUCAAUACAAAGCGAUUUCAGCAGCUGACAAAUCCAAUCAAUGUGUGUGGUUUUUUUUUUUUGGUUUUUUCUUUGUUUUUUUUUUCCAAAUACCAUCCUUUUCCAAAGCUAGCACUGUGAAAAUGAAUUUCUGUUAGUCUCAAUGAGCAGUAAACCUACAGUUUAGCAUAGCACUUGCUGGAACAGCAACAUGCUGGGCUCUAAUUUAAUCUGAAUGUACUGACCUGUGAAAGGAUACAGAGUAGCUCACUCACCAGAAGUUUAGCCCUUUUGUUUUUAAAGAAAAUGCGAUUACUAUAUUGAAGCAUCAUGUGUAUGUAAAGUGUAACAUUUAAAACUGACUGUGUUUUUUAAGAUUUGCUGUUGCUUGUUUCAUCUGGAGAAUAACUUCUUCUGUUCAGUGUAACUUUUAUAAUAGUUUUUUUUUUUUCUCCUCCCUGGGACCAUGUACAGUGCUGUGUAUAUGGGGUAAUGACUACACAGACCUCCUCCCAUGUUGAUAUCACAUUCGGCCACUUUGGAAAGUAUUCUCCCCUUAAUUUUUGUAUUUUGUUCUGAUGCAAUAUGAUUACAGCGAGGACUUUUUUUUUUUCUCCAAAGCUCUUAAGUACAAAGAUAAAGCAACCCUUUGUUCACCUUCAGUGUUUAUGCAAAUGAUCCUGAACAAAUGCAUUAUGAAAUCAUAUUGUAGCAAAGCAAAAUGUGUAAAAGUUAAAGGGGUUCAAAUACUUGAAGAAGCAACAAUAUACUUGUUUGUUUUCCCUAUGGAGAAAGUCUAAGUUGUAUAUAGCCUGUAAAUAUUGGGCUGCAUUUAGAUCUAACUGUAUUAUGUAAAAA